UUGAUGUUUUUUUCUGGGUGUUUCUAAGAGAAUCGAAAAGAGAAAAUUAUAGCGGUUCAUUAUGAUAGUGUAAGCGCAGGCAGUGUGUUCUGUCUGGAGAGUUUGAUACGUUUCCGUUGGUUUUGUACUCGGUUGUGUCGAACGAGACAAAAUAGGUAAUUAAAAAUAGCCCUCGAACGGGAAAGUUUUCACUUCAGGCCGUUACGUCGCGCUGCCGGACGGAGAACUUAAGGAACCCGCCGGCCGAUACGACAGCGCUUCGGGCCGCCUUGGACUCCAGUGGACGAUACUGGACUCUCCUGGCUGUUGCGUGGACAGCAGACGAAGUAAACUGCGUUUUUUUUUUUUUUACCCCUGACUGAAGCGGCCAUAUAUUUUUUGGCCUCAACGUGAACGUUUGGUCUCUCGAGCAGACCUGCGACGUAAGGGAUCCGACUUGUAAAGAACACAGAUGCAGUUCUUCUGAAUCCAUGGAGAACUCAUCUGGGCAUCCAGCUGUUCUGGCAGCAAUGGUGUGGAGCAGGAGGUUCUUAACCUGAGGAAUCAAUUCUACUUAUGAUAAACAAAGGCCAGAACGUCAUGGAGCCAAAGAAGUCUGAAAACCGCAGCUUAUUCCAGAAGACCAAGACCAAGGUGUUCAAACUGGUCUCCUACAUCUCAGGAGACAUGAUGGUCUAUGGAGAAUGGAUGAAAGGACAGUUCUUUUUAUUGCAACUGAUGGACUGGGUUCUCCGUGGAGCUGCUCAGGUUAUGUUUGUCAAUAACCCACUGAGUGGAUUGAUUAUAUUUGGGGGACUGAUCCUGCAGAACCGGUGGUGGGCUCUCAAUGGUUUCGUGGGCACCUUGUUUGCCACUAUCUCUGCCCUCAUCCUCAGGCAAAGCAGAGGGGCAAUAGCUGCUGGUCUUUACGGCUACAAUGGAAUCCUAGUUGGUCUGCUAAUGGCCGUGUUCUCCGACAAGGGUGAUUGGUACUGGUGGCUUCUCCUUCCAAACAUUGUUAUGUCUAUGGCAUGCCCAAUAGUUUCAAGUGCCUUGGCUUCAAUCAACAGCAGAUGGGAUCUUCCUGUGUUCACCCUACCCUUCAACAUCCUUGUGUGCCUGCACAUGGUGGCUACAGGCCACUACAACAGCUACUUCCCCCAGGUCCUUAUCCAGCCCAGGACCUCCCCUGUCAACAUCACCUGGUCUGAGCUGAAUGUGCCCAUGCUUUUCCGUUCAAUCCCUGUUGGAAUUGGUCAAGUGUAUGGGUGCGACAACCCCUGGACAGGGGGGAUAUUCAUCAUCUCCCUCUUCAUUUCGUCCCCCAUUACAUGUGUUCACGCAACCAUUGGCUCUGUUGUUGGUAUGGUCUCUGGUUUGGCUCUUGCUGCCCCAUUUGAAAACAUCUACUUUGGCCUGUGGGGCUACAACUGUGUUUUGGCAUGCAUCGCAAUUGGGGGCAUGUUCUAUGCCCUGACCUGGCAGGUUCAUCUCUUGGCUAUAGCUUGCGCUUUUUUCUGUGCUUACCUAAGUGCUGCCAUCGCCAAUCUGAUGUCCACUUUUGGACUCCCAGCAUGCACCUGGCCCUUCUGUCUGUCAGCGCUCACCUUCCUGCUGAUCACCACAGAAACAAAAAGAAUACACAAACUGCCUCUUGCCAAGGUGACUUACCCUGAGAAAAAUCUCCUAUACUUCUGGAAAAUGGAAAGAGCUCAGAAGGCUGAGAAAAAUGACAACAAAGGAGCUGAGGGACAGAAGGCAGAAAAUGAGAUGGUGGUAGUCACUGGAAAUGACCAAACAGAAAUAACACAAGGGGAGCAAAUACUUGCAGAUCAUUCAACAGAUGACACAAGAACCGAGGCAGGAGCACAAACGGAAAGGAAUGAUCAUGAGCUGACAGAAGUGAAAACAGAAUAUUCUUCAUUUUGCUGAAAUGAACACUUAUA